AUAAAUUUUGAGACGAAUUAAAACGAUAACAAAACAAAUCACCUUCCAAAGACAUUGCAGUCCACGAAUUUUUCGAAUUUUUACCUUAAAAUACCACACAAAACGACAAAAUGAUAGUUCUAAGUACUUUUCACAGUCCCGCGUUACACAAAUUCAGUCGAAAUAUCGUGAGUCAAUCAAAAAGAUUUCUUUCAUCAGCUGAGAUCAUCGCUCGUCAAAGCAAAUUAUUCUCCGCCGAACAAAAGCGUCAGUAUGAAAAUUUGGGUCGAAUAGAGAAAAUUGAGGUUAACUACAUCGGAGUUCCUGAAAACACGGCUUUAGUUAUGAACAAAAAUCUUUCUACGCCGUACAAUUGUGCUCAACAUCUUGGCGAGACACAUUGUCAACGAAGUGCUCUUGCGUUGCUCGACGGAACAAUUCCUUGGGAUAUGCAUCGUCCUUUGCCGAAUUCUUGUACUUUGGAGCUUUUAAAUUUCACCGUCGAAGAUCCGCGUCACGUAAACAAAGCUUUUUGGCGAACCUGCUCGUUCAUGUUGGGCGCCGCUCUCACGACAGCCUUCAAGGAAUCCGCAAAAUUGAAUUUGCACAGUUUUCCGACGCCUUCUGUGCGAUCUGGCAGCUUCGUUUACGAUUUUAGCAUCGCCGCACCGGAUUUCAAGCCGACAAAACAAGAAAUGCGAGCUUUUUCCGCGGAAAUGAUCAAAUUAGCAGCGAAAGAUUUAAAAAUUGAGCGUUUGGAUGUGUCGCAUGACGUUGCGCUUGAAAUUUUCGAGUACAAUCCGUUCAAGCGGGAACAACUUCCGAGCAUCUCGAACCAAAAUGACGGCGUUGUGACGUUAUAUCGCGCCGGAGAUCACAUCGAUAUCAGUCGAGGACCCAUGGUUGCCACGACAAGACAUUUGGGGAAGUGCACAAUUGCCGCAAUUCACAAACUGGAGUGUCCCGAUAUGGAAGGAGUGAAUAUGUACAGAGCUCAGGGCGUCGCAUUGCCUCUCGGUUUGCAUCUGAAUCACUUUGCGUUCGGAGUUUUGGAAGAAAGGGCGCGAAAAUUGAACAAUGCGAGACUGCCGAACGAGCAAUUUGCCGAAGAACCGGAGAAAGAAAGCAAAAAAGCGCUUUUGUAAGGCGAUUAGGACUCAUAGAUUCAAUAAAAGUUAGGUAAUGUGAUGAAAAUUCUAAGAAAAAUCGUUUAUUUUAAAAGAAAAAAUUACAUUUCAACGUAAGUAGGCGAUGUCAUGACACCGCAAUUGUUGUCGCGAGCCGACAUGAGAAUGUAUCCGUCGUUGCCCCAAUAGUUGCUCCAUGAAUUCUUAACUAACCAAUAAAGUUCGCCGUUGAGAACGCCAUAACCGACUGCUAAAACUGCGUGAUCAAGUCCAUCCAAGUCGUUUUUGCUAAAAAAAAAUAAAA